UCGCUUCUACACACUAAACACUAUAUUAUUGUAUUAAAUAGCACGCAUACGCACUGUGUAUCUACAUGAAACAUCCUGUGUAGUAUGACUUGCUGUUUUUCCUGCUCAUUUAAACGGGACAUGGCGUCGGCAUUACAUUUCUGAGUGUUUGUACUGCAGGCCGAGUUCCAAACCGCGUGAUUUCAUACUAAAUAGUGUGCCAAAUUAGCACACCAACAUUAGCAGCGUUACUUUAUUUAGCAGAGACGGCGGUUUGGGACACAAACGAUGUUAACAGUGCAAAGAGUUGUUUUGUCCUCUCGGCCAGGGGAAAACGGCCAUCCAUCUCCUGAUAACUUCCGUGCGGAGGAGAAGAGUUUAUCAACUGAGCUGAAACAGGGAGAAAUCCUCACCAGGACACUGUAUCUGUCUGUUGACCCCUACAUGCGUUGUCGCAUGAAUGAGGAUACGGGUGUUGAUUAUGUGCUGCCAUGGAGGUUGGAGGAGUGUAUCGAUGGCGGUGGGGUUGGUGUAGUGGAGGCCAGCAAGAACGCACAACUGGCCAUCGGUGACAUUGUCACCUCCUUCAACUGGCGUUGGCAAACCCAUGAUGUGAUUGAUGGUAACUGUGUACAGAAGGUUGACCCCAGGAUGGUUGACGGCCACUUGUCGUAUGUACUGGGUGCAGUAGGCAUGCCCGGACUCACUGCUCUGCUCGGUGUGAGAGAGAAAGGACAUGUGAUUCGUGGGGCUGGACAGACCAUGGUGAUCAGUGGAGCAUCUGGAGCUUGUGGGUCACUUGCUGGACAGAUUAGCAGAUUGGAUGGCUGUGAGAGAGUGGUUGGGAUCUGUGGCUCAGAUGAGAAAUGCCAGAUCCUGGUGUCGCAGCUUGGUUUCACAGCAGCUGUGAAUUAUAAGAAGGGGGACAUCUCGGCAGCACUGAAGGACAGUUGUCCCAACGGAGUAGACGUCUACUUUGACAAUGUUGGAGGUCCUAUUAGUGACACGGUCAUAUCACAGAUGAACAGCGGCAGCCAUGUGAUCCUGUGUGGGCAGAUCUCUCAGUACAAUAAAGAUGUACCCUACCCACCUCCGCUGAGCAAGGAGACUCAAGAGGCUCUGCGCCGCAAAAAUAUCACCAGGGACAGAUUUAUGGUUCUGAAUUACAUGGAUAAACAUAAAGAAGGACUGGAGCUGCUGAGUCAGUGGGUAAAGACUGGCCAAAUUAAAGUCUUAGAAACUGUCGCAAAUGGAAUAGAAAACAUGGGCGUGGCCUUUUGCUCCAUGAUGACCGGAGGCAACGUUGGGAAGCAAAUUGUUAAAAUAGCAGAGUGAGCCACAUCUCACCAGCAGAGGGUGCUGUUCCCUCCUCCCCCACAAAGAGCACUGUGGUGUUUUUCAGUUGUAAUUUCUAUAAUAGAGUACAGUAUAGUAUAGUAUACAGGUGUAUAGGAAAUGUUAUUUUAAGUCAGUAAUUCCUGCACUUCUAUAAAUGUGAUAUGUGCCUAAACAACACUGAAAGGUAUAUUAACAUUUAUUUUUAAUAUUUUCAUGAUGGGUGGUGGUGAUUGCUGUCUUGAAUGCAAUUCACAUGAAUUCUCAUAUCUACUUACAGGGCAACUGAGCUGUUUUGCCUGGAUAACAUGCCACUAAUAAUUAUUUUUCCUUUUUUUAAAAAUUAAAGCUGAUUACUCAUCA